CAGGACCAGACUGUGUCUAAAAUCCCAAUGACCCAGCAUGACGAGCCAGACAUUCCAGUAAAAUGGAUAAGUAUGAAAAGGUGAAGGAAAUUGGGGAAGGUUCUUUUGGAAAGGCCAUACUAGUCAAAUCCAAGGAGGAUGGACACCAAUAUGUCAUCAAAGAGAUUGGCAUAUCAAGGAUGUCAAGUAAAGAGAGGCAGGAGUCUCGAAAAGAAGUUGCUGUACUUGCCAACAUGAGUCAUCCUAACAUUGUUCAGUACAAGGAAUCCUUUGAAGAGGAGGGCUGUUUGUAUAUUGUGAUGGACUAUUGUGAGGGUGGAGACCUCUUCAAGAAGAUUAACUCUCAGAAAGGAGUACUUUUCCCUGAAGAGCAAAUCCUGAAUUGGUUUGUGCAGAUAUGCCUGGCACUCAAGCAUGUACAUGACCGAAAGAUCCUCCACAGAGACAUUAAAUCACAGAACAUAUUUCUGACAAAAGAUGGGACCAUACAGCUUGGGGACUUUGGAAUCGCAAGAGUGCUGAAUAGCACUGUUGAGCUGGCGAGAACAUGCAUUGGAACGCCGUAUUACUUGUCACCUGAAAUUUGUGAAAACAAACCAUACAACAACAAAAGUGAUAUUUGGGCGCUGGGGUGUGUCCUGUAUGAAAUGUGCACUCUUAAGCAUGCAUUUGAGGCUGGUAACAUGAAGAACCUGGUUCUGAAGAUCAUCCGUGGUUCAUACCCUCCAGUGUCAGUUCACUACUCCCAGGAAUUGCGAUAUCUCUUGGGUCAACUAUUUAAACGCAACCCACGGGAGAGGCCCUCGGUCAGCAAUAUACUGGACAAACCCUUCCUCUUUCGCAGGAUACAACUAUUCCUCCCACCACAGAUCAUUGCUCAGGAAUUCAGCCAUACUUUUCUUCACAAGCAGCCUAAAAUUGGUGUAGCACAGGGGCCACCAGCCAGGCGUCCUGCCCCUGCUGGCAUACCUCACACCCCAGCCCAGAAGAUUACCAAACCAGCCGCCAAAUACGGAGUGCCUUUAACUAUCAAGAAGGUAUCUGAUGCAGCCAAGAAACCUGUAGAGAGGAGACCAGCUUUAAAAAAUAAACCGGCCCCCCUCCCAGCAGCCCCCCAGAGAAGAUUGAGUCAAGUGGAGGAAGAGAGGAAAAAGUCUGAGGAUGGCAACAGAAAGAAAAGGAUGGAGCUGACUAAGAAAGAAAGGAAACAAGGGGAGCAGAUGCUCCUUUUGAAAGCAGGACAAGUGAAGAGAUAUGAAAAGGAAAAGAUGAAUCGUAUAAACCAAGCCAGAGAGCAGGGUUGGAAGCAUGUCCUGAGUUCCAGUGGAGGAAGCAGCCCAGAAAGGAAGUGUUAUAGAGGUGGUGGCAAGAGAGGAGCAGGUGCUGGUCCUAUACCUACACCAAGGGCUGGGUCCACCUUGGGUCCUGUUCCAGGUCCUGCUGCAGCUCCAAUCCCUGCCUUAGCUCCCAGCAGGGGCCUCUAUGAACGCUACCAUGCGGCUCUGGACCAGAUGGCUAAACCACAGCCCAAAGAGGUUGGCAGGGUUGGCGCCUUGGCAGAAAGCGACAUUUGCAUUCAGGGUGUACCUGCUGCCACUGGACCUAUUCUACCCAAUGGCUCUGCCCGGUUCCCACACCAUGAUGAAGCCAAGAGAGAACCACAUAGGCUGCAGUACAUUCCUAAACAAGCCCAUAUUAGCAGACAACGUCAUAUGGGUGCAGAGCGGGCCUAUCAAGUUGAGGAGUUUUUACAGCGAAAGAGAGAGGCCAUGUUGAACAAAGUUCGUGCUGAAGGACAGCUGGGUGCUCGGCAAAACUUGGCAGCCAUCUAUGGAAGCCGGGCAGGUUCGGUCCGAUGCAGGAGACCCAAAGCCAACAAAGAGGAGGAGGAGUACCUUGCACGGCUGAGGCAGAUCAGAUUGCAAAACUUUAAUGAACGUCAGCAGAUCAAAGCUCGACUCAGAGGAGAGAAGUAUGACAGUGAUGGCUCUGAUAGCCAGGAGUCCAGUGAGGAGGCAGAGCUCAGGAGAAAGAAGAUCGAGGCUUUGAAAGCCCGUGCAGCUGUGCUGAAGGAGCAAUUAGAGAAGAAGAGGAGAGAAGCCUAUGAGAGAGAAAAGAGGGCUUGGGAGGACCAUCUUGUGGCCCAGGGGGUGAAAGUUGGUGCAGCAGCAGUAGACUCUCCCUCUGAGACUUCUCUUCCCCAGCCUGGCCCCCCUCAGCCAGAGCCAGCUGCCAAAGCUCUAGUCCUGCCUGCUUCAAAGCCCUCCACCCCAGCAAUAUCCAUGACUGCUGCCUUAAAGGAUGUUGGCGCAAAUUCUCCCAUAAAAGAAGAUCCGUUGAAGCCUGAGACUGCCACUGUUAUCCAGAGCGAGAAAAAGCAGAUUCUGCAUAGACUUAACAAGAACCUAAAAACCCAGAGCCCAGUGGAAGAGGAGUACGUCACAACCACACUGUCACUAGAUCCUGUCCCCGAACAGAACCAGCCUAUCAUAGAGGAACGGCCAGCCUCUGGAGGCGACAGGAAGAAGUGGGUACCUGCAGAACCGCCUGUCCUUUCUGCAGCUCAGCAAACUUUGGAGGGGACCUGCCUCACUACUGUUGGCACCCCAGUGCCUGCAGAAGAGAGACCAUCCUCUGGUGGGGAGAGGAAAAAGUGGGAGGCUGGAGUUCCAAUUGUCCUCUCUAUUGCCCAACAAACACUAGAAGAGACCUGCAUAAGGACAGCUGAGCACACAGUGGGAGAAGUUAUUCAGGUGGGUUUACUACAGGGAGAAGCUCCCAGGAAGGCUUGGGGAAGGAGCCCAGACUCUCAGGUUCUUCGAGUCCUUCAGGAGGCAGAGCUUCAACCCCUCACCCAAGUGUUGCAGAAAGUUAGCAUCUCUGAAGACAAGUCUAACCAGUCAGCAGUACUUGAAGAUGCAAGGACACCCAAAGUGGUCAUCUCCCCAACGCUAAGCCCACAAGUCGCAGUUCAGGGUGCUGAUGUUAAAGGUCACGAGGAGGUUACAACUGUAACAGUAAUCCCAGAUCAGGAGAGGCCUGUGGCUGGUGCAAAGGAGAAAGGAAAGAUUUCACCUGACUUCACUGAAAUUAAAGAUCCAGCAGACUUGGAGUCAGUGGUUUUAGAACAGUAUCCAAAAAAGGGCUUGCAACACCCAGCUGAAGUACAGCAGGCAUGGGAGGAACAGGUCCAGUGGCCACCACCACCAGAAGGCGGUGUAAGACCAGCAGAGACCGAAGUGCAGAAACACACAGAUAAGCAAACAGAAUCCUCUGGUUUGCCACCCUGUGAGGAGCCCCUCUUUAUAAAGCUUUGCUCCCCGGCCCACCGACGUGCAGCUGCUCUGUCAGUCCUCUCAGCCCAGUCCUCCAUGGACGAGUCAUCCUCCUCUCUGGCUUCCCGCUCCCGUUCCGUCUCACCUCUCCGCUCCAAACACCAGGACGCACUCCUCAUCGGUCUCUCCACAGGCAUGUUCGACACCAGCAACCCCAAGAUGCUGCGUACAUGCUCUUUGCCAGACCUCAGCCGUGUCUUCAGCUCUCAGCAGGACCCUGCUAUGUCAAAUGGGGCUGUUGUUGCUCCUGACAACAACCUGGAAAUAGAAGACCUGGAGGAAACAGCUAAAGAUGAAGAUCAGUCAGAGACAGAGGAUGGAUAUGAGGAUGAGGACUUACGGGAGCUUAGGGCCUCCAUGGAGAGACUCCUGCAGGAGGAGGGAGACUUCAGCGGGAGCCCUCCAGAGGGUGAACCCGGGGACUUUAAUGGAAACCCCACGAGGGACGACAACAAAGUGCCUCACAACAGGAUAGCUGCUGAAGCAGAGGAGGACGACCUCCAUCAGAUGGCUGUGGAUGAUGAUGAAGAUGAGGAGGAGGAGGAGGAGGAGGAAGGCUCCAAUGGAAGUCCAGCUGAUGAAGAGCUGCUUAGCAAUGGUGUGGAGGAAGAGCAUCACAGCAGUGACAGUCAGCUCAAUGAAGAGUGGCAUUCAGAUGGCAGUGGAGAGGAGCAGGGUGGAGAGGUGGAACAUCAGGACAGCAUCUUCAGUCGUUUGGAAGAACUCCGUUUCAACCUUGAGCAGCAGAUGGGCUUUGAGAACUUCAUUGAAGCCUACAAUAAGAUUAAGGCUAUACAUGAGGAUGAAGAUGAAAAUAUUGAACUAGGCUCCAGUUUGGUCUUGAGCAUUUUGGGAACGGAAAACCAGCACCUGUAUCCUAACAUCCUUCAUCUAGUGAUGGCAGAUGGAGUGUACCAAGAAGAUAAUGAUGAAUAGCUUUGUGUACAAUGAGGCCGCUGGCAGCUAUGACAAUCUGCUAGCCAUCUGAUGUCUUCCCAUGACGAGCAUCAUGUGGCGGAAGGAUCUAUGCAUGAAAUGUUGCAGCCAUGCAUCGAAAAGUGUUUCAGGCACACUUGCAUGAUGAGAAACUAGUACACUUCACCACCCGUUGCAAUUUUCUAAGCAGUGUUCAUACAAAAGUGCAUUAUUGAGUACAUGUUCUUAUUAACCAAAGUUAACUUUAAGGUUUAGUCAAAUGUAUGUGAAUGUGUAUGUGUCUGUAAGUUAUUGAAACACAUGUUUGAAUUGUGAUAUCUGCCGAGGGCAGAACAACAACAAAUAUUUCACAUGCUACACGGUUCAUUUACAGUGCAACUUGGCAGUUUGUUGUAUGGUAACAUUUUGGUAGGCAGUGUUCUGCUACCCUCAGCAUCAGGUGCUCUUUCAAAACCUGAGGGCAGUGCCACACACUCACCGUAACGUCAAAAACCAGGUCAGCCUCUGUGUGUGUGCAUGUGUCUGUAGUGAGAUACACAACACGUUAAACAAAAUUGUUAUGAUUAGUCAAAACCAGUUGAACCUCCUUUUCCUACAACUUUUCCAUCAAAACAAAAGAUUUCAUGUUCUCUAAUGCAUUUUUUCACUUUUCUUACUGGUUCUGUUUACCCAAAAGUAGUUUAACGGAAAGUUGAUAAUGUUUGCACAGUUGUAUGUUCACAAGUGCUGUUGGAUAAACAGUGGAUCAGAUCAGAUAGACUAUUCUGUAGAUGGUUUGUACAGAUGACACGAGCAAUGAUAUAACAAUCAUUCAUAUUUGAUAAUUAUCUAAAUGUUGUAAAUCUUUGUAUAAAAUAAAUGCUUUUAAAAAAUAA